AUGGCUGCUCUCAAUGUCUAUCAAGAUGAUAGUGUUACGCCACAGAAAGAAGACCAUGUGCAGCUGAUUGAGAAUCUCCUUCAUCAGUUCUCGCUCGCACAGAAUGCAGCUCUGUCGCCGCAAAUCGUCGACAUUGCAACUAAGGAAGAGAUGGCACGGAUGAGAAAUGUCACAAUACCACGUGCAGAGGGCGCGCCCCUGGAUCAAGUCAUUGGCGAAAUGGUCAAGAUUAUGUCUCACCGAGUGUCAAUGGAGCACCCUAAGUUCUUCGGCCUCAUUCCAUCUCCUACAGACCAAAACUCCUAUUUCGGAAACCUCAUAACAUCCAUGUUCAACGUCGGUACUGGCAGCUGGUAUCAAGGUUCUGGCCCCAGCACUGUAGAGGAUACCCUCAUAAAGUGGAUGGCCGAGCAAGCAGGCUUUCCACCCUCGGCUGGUGGCGUCUUUGUGUCUGGAGGCACAAUGGCCAACUUGACUGGCGUCGUAACUGCGCGAGAUGCCAUGUUAAAGUACGAGGACAGGCCAAAAGCAGUCAUCUACGCUUCAAAGGAGACUCAUGUUUCCGUGACUAAAGGCCUAACGGUGGCCGGCUUCCUCCGAAGCCAGAUCCAUCGCGUGGAAUCCGACUCUGAUGAUUUCCACAUAGACCCUGCGAGUCUGCGCCGGCAAAUUGCAAUUGACAGGAAGAACGGGCUGGUGCCGUUCCUAAUUGCUGGAAGUUGCGGAUUCACCAACACCGGGGGCGUAGACGACUUGAAUGCGCUGGCAGAUAUAGCCGAACAGGAGAAUCUCUGGCUGCACGUCGAUGGUGCCUACGGAGCAUCUGUAAUUCUCUCCAAAGACCAUAAGCACAUUGCCAGUGGUAUCAAUAGAGCAAACAGCCUGUCUUGGGAUCCCCAUAAAUGGCUUUUCCAAAUCUACGACUGCGGCCUGAUACUUGUCCGAGAUAAGCGCCACCUGGUCCACAGUUUCAACACAGAUGCGUCGUAUAUUCGAGACACAGAAGAGGUGAAUACCGACAUGGUGAACUUUUGGAAUCGCGGUAUCGAAAUGUCUCGCUCUGCCCGAGGCUUGAAGCUCUGGUUCACCCUCCAAAUACUGGGUCUCGAUAAGAUGGGGGAGAUGAUUGAUCAUGGCAUCUAUCUUGCCGAGUUCGGAGAGCAGACUUUCCGAGAGCUUGAAAAUUGGGACAUCCUCUCCAAAGCCUCAUUAGGAAUGUUCAAUUUUCGAUAUGUUCCUAAGCUGGAGAACCUCGACCCCAGCCUAGAUCUUGAGAAGUGCUGUGAUGAUAUCAAUGCCACUAUUUCUCGACUAGCGAUGGAACGCAACGUCGCGGGGCUUACAACGACGAGACUCCGCAAAGAGGUGAAUCUUCGAAUGUGCACGAUAUCUCCCGAGCUGAGCAGAGAGCAGCUCUUUGAGGUUAUUCAGAGCAUGGAUCUCAUCGCAAAGGAAGUUACGGCGUCUUUUUUGAAAGAGCAAGCUUCUAAGCUCUGA